AUGGACCAUCCAACAUCUUCUAUAGACUUCGGGGAAGCCAAACCCAAGCCAGUCAUGUUGGUAAAGACAAAGGCAGCCUGCAAGCUUUACCCAGCAUGCAUACUUUAUGGAAAGGCCUCCAAAGCCAAAAAGUGUGGGAGGCGCUCCCAACGGAAGACUUCCAAGAAGUGUGAUGAUAUUGAUGAUAUUCAACAACUGGUGCUGCAGAAAGUCAAAGAAUCACAGCCUAAUGAAGAAUCUUUGUGGCUUGAGGAGCUAUCUGCAAAUAUCUUCAGUGAUCAACAUGCGAGAGUAUCAAGUGCAAGUGCUAUUACAAGUGAAACUUCAACUUCCACAGGUGAAAUUGUAGGCAUUGCUCACAAGACUUCAACCGUUGCAAGCAAAACUUCAACCUUACUAAACAAAACGUCAACCAUGGCAGGCAAAAUUUCAAACACUGAAGGCGAAAUUUCAGCUGUCUCAAGAGAAAUGUCAACCAUCAAAGAUGAAAAUUCCACUCUCCCAGUCGAAAUUUCAGCCAUUUUAAGAGAAAUUUCAACCAUCGCAGGCGAAAUUUCUGCCAUCAUAAGUGAAACCUCAAACCCGGCAUGCGCAAGCGCAAACCGAAAAACAACCACAUCCAUAAGCUUCACUACAGUUGAGGCUACCGGGGUUGAGGCAAACAUGGAUGAGGCAUCCACGGUUGAUGCAGAUAACCAAUAA